ACCAAGUCACGAAUGCCCCUGAUCCUCGGCCUCGGCGCCGCCGGCGGAAUCGGAUACUACCUCUACGGCGCCGGCGGCAACGCAAAGGCCGCCGAGAAGAAGUUUGAGAGCGACGCAGACCGAGCCUCGGCGAAAAUCAGAUCCCACCUCCCCGGCAACUCUCCCAACGCCGAAAAGGAAUUCAAGGGCUACGGCCAGGAAGCCGGCGCCAAGAUUGACAAGGCUUGGGCCGAAGCCGAUAGGGAAGCUACCAAGCUCAAGAAGGAGGCCGAGGCAUACGCCAAGGACGCCAAAAGCGAAGCCCUCAAAGCCGUCGACAAGUUUGACCGCAAGGUGGAGGACGGUGCGGCCAAGGCAAAGGGUGGUAUCUCGAGCUGGUUCGGCGGCAGCAAGUAAUUUAACAACACACCAUAUAAUAAUCAACAAAGAGAAGCAAGACUGCUGAAAAGGGAGAAUUUGGGGGGAAACGACGCCUGUGAUCCCCAGAGUCGCAGCAGAGAGACUUGUGAUUCGUCCUUUUGUUUUCUUGUUGAACGGGAAGAGAGAAAAUACCUUGGGGUUUGUGAGCAAACCAAACACUACUAGUAAUUGAGUCAUUUCGUUUUUC